ACCGCUGGGGUUGACUCUAAUUAAGUGAAGAACAUCAUCACUAAAGGAGAAGCUUUAGGAAAGACUGGAAGAUUUAAAGUACGGGGAGCUCGAGCAUUUCAAGCAACUCCUGCAGUACACUGAAAUGAAGAAAGGCCUCCCAAGAAUCUUAAUACAGUUAAGCAGACAGAGAUGAAAUAGUGAAGCUGAGGGUGAAGACCUACGGCCAGCAGUCUGUGGAGGUGACCACGGAGGUUUUAAUGAAGAUGAGCAGGAGAGAUCUGGUGCAGAAGUUGUCAGAGAUCAGCUCAGGAUCCAAAGUGAAACGUCAGUCUAAACUGAUCCAGAAAGAAGUAACAAUGACACGACUAAAGAAGAAGCUUGUGGAAACAAUGGAAGAUUUAAAUUACAGGGAGCUCCAGCAAUUCAAGCAGCUCCUGCAGGACACUGUAAUGAAGAAAGGCCUCCUAAGAAUCUCAAGACAGAGAAUGAAGAUGGCAGACAGAGAUGAAAUAGUGGAGUUGAUGGUGAAGGCCUACGGCCAGCAGUCUGUGGAGGUGACCAAGAAGGUUUUAAUGAUGAUGAACAGGACAUAUCUGGUGCAGAAGUUGUCAGAGAUCAGCUCAGGAUCCAAAGAGAAACCUCAGUCUAAACUGAUCCAGAAAGAAGUAACAAUGACAUCACUAGAGGGGAAGCUUCUGGAAACACUGGAAGAAUUAGAUUACUGGGAGCUCAAACAUUUCAAGCAGCUCCUGCAGGACACUGAAAUGAAGAAAGGCCUCCCAAGAAUCUCAAGACAGAAAAUGGAGAUGGCAGACAGAGAUGAAAUAGUGGAGUUGAUGGUGAAGGCCUACGGCCAGCAGUCUGUGGAGGUGACCACGGAGGUUUUAAUGAUGAUGAACAGGAGAGAUCAGGUGCAGAAGUUGUCAGAGAUCAGCUCAGGAUCCAAAGAGAAACCUCAGUCUAAACUGAUCCAGAAAGAAGUAACAAUGACAUCACUAGAGGGGAAGCUUCUGGAAACACUGGGAGAAUUAGAUUACGUGGAGCUCAAAUGUUUCAAGCAGCUCCUGCAGGACACUGAAAUGAAGAAAGGCCUCCCAAGAAUCUCAAGACAGAAAAUGGAGAUGGCAGACAGAGAUGAAAUAGUGAAAUUGAUGGUGGAGACCUACGGCCAGCAGUCUGUGGAGGUGACCACGGAGGUUUUAAUGAUGAUGAACAGGAGAGAUCAGGUGCAGAAGUUGUCAGAGAUCAGCUCAGGAUCCAAAGUGAAACCUCAGUCUAAACUGAUCCAGAAACAGGUCUCCAGUGACUGGACUGAACUUGAACCUGAAGUGAACAGUACAGAUGCAGAUGAGGCUCCAACAUACAGCCUACAGUCUGAAGCAGGAAACUUUGAAUGCAGCGUCUCUGGCUUGCGCUGGGUCUGUAAGGAAAAGGUCAGCUUUAAGUACCAGUUCUGCUCUUUGAAGAGACACAUGGAGAGGAUAGAAAGCAUGCAAUACAUGCCUGCAGGUCCCCUAAUGGACAUAACAGUCAUUGCUGGGAAGUUGGAUGAAGUGCACCUGCCACACUGGAUCUGCAUAGAUGACAACCCCACAAUAUUAGACAAGUUUGCAGUCCUACGCAUAGAUGACUGUGGAGAUGUUGUGGAAAAAGUGUCUGAGGUCACAUCGUCCCAUGUCAAGCUGUCUGAACCAGCUUUCUCUCUGAUAAUGACCGUGAUAAAGAUGCUGGUGAACGUUUGCUUCUCAGUGGAAAUAAACUCUAAGGUGUUAAUAUACGGGACCAAAACACCAUUCUUCACACUCCGUGUUUACCUGAUCCCACCUGAUCCUGGUCUAAUACAGGAUUUGGAAAAGUCUGAAUCAGCCGAUGGAUACAGAAGAUUCAAAAAGCCACACCCAAAGAAGCCGUUGAAAAUGAACGAUGAGUUCAUCCUAACGGCAGAAUUGGGCGGUGAAAAUUUUUUCUCUGACACAUUACAGCUCCUACAUGAAAGCACAGAACCAAAUUUCUCCGAAGUGUUCAUUGAAGAUCCAGGCACAGACUUAACGCUCAAGCUCGGAAAAGAAAAAGGGAGUCCACCAGUAUGGACCUGUGUGAUUCGACAAAAGGAAUACCAACGCACCGAUGGUCCUAUACAAGUUAAAGAGAUGGGUGGUCUGUUCUCAAAACCUGGUCCCAGUGACACUGAAAAGCUGGCUGAUAUGAUCCAACAAAUUGGUGACGCUGCAGGACCCUCAGCUGGAGCAGCUGAUCUAACUACCAUGGCAGAGGGUGAGUGCACAGCUGAAAAGCUGGCUGAUAUGAUCCAACAAAUUGGUGACGAUAAAAAGCUGGCUGAUAUGAUCCAACAACUUGUUGACAGUGACACUGCAGGACCCUCAGCUGGAGCAGCUGAUCUAACUACCAUGGCAGAGGGGCAGCACUUUGUGGAUAGACAUCGAGCCGAGCUGAUCGACAGAGUGAGCGAAAUUCCAUCCAUUUUGGAUCAACUCCUCGACAAAAAGAUCAUCCGACAAGAGAGUUAUGAUAAAAUCCUGGCUAUCCCCACCAAUCAGGAUAGGAUGAGAAAGCUCUUCUCUGGUCCUCUGAAUGCUGCUGGACGUGAUGGCAAAGAGGUCUUCUACAGAAUCCUACAAAAAGAGGAGUCAUCUCUCAUUGGUGACCUCAAGAAAAGCGUGUGGUGAAAUUUAUAUUUAGACCAAACAAGUCUAGUGCCCUAAAUAGAGAACAGUUAUUUUUCUCAUCUUACAUACCUAAAGAUAACAGAGUUUUAAAACCAGCCUGGUUAAGCUCACAGGGCAGAAAAAUAACAACGGCUUUAUACCGUCCUGACCAAGUUAAAAGUUUAUAAGUUACAGGUCAACAGGUCAAAUGCCUGUUUUUCCCUAAAGACUGAGAACUGAUGGAAAACAGUCUCAACAAACUAAUUCUGCCAUUAAAAUGUACAGUACAUGAAUUAAUGUGUUUUGCUUUGCUAACAUGUGUUCUAAUAACAGGAAGCUGUUGACACAAAAAAUUAAACCAAAGCAAGUUGAAAUAAUUACAGGUUGUAGAUAAACAAACUUUAUCUUUAUGUUAAUCAAUUGAUGAGAUCCUGUUACAUAAACAUUUUUACAUAUGUAUAUUAUAUGUAUAUUAUAUGUGAUCUUAAACAGAAAUUAAGGUGCACACUUAAUGCCUCAGUUAAUCUUAUAUUUGCUAUAUAUUUUUAAUCUAGUUGAAGUGUAUUACACCUUUUAAUGUUAAUUGUGAACCAUAUAUAAAUUGAUACAUUUUGUGGAACCAGCCAGUGUGAAGAAAAGAGACUUUAAAGAAAGACUUUAAGUCAACAACAUUUUGAACUGAGUGACCCCUCCAGCUACGAGAGGGGGAGGGGGUCUGAAGAAAUGGCACAAAGAUGCUGCACCAGACGGAGAGAGACGGUGAUGGAAAAAUGCAGCGGGGCAACGUGCCAGCCGACCAUAUCCGAGGAUGCCCGAGGACGCCAAAGAGAGCCACUGAGGAAGAGAAACGACUCAAUCCGGGUCGAACAAAUUGGAUCCAAAAGAUCCAAAAUGCCGUGUUCCAGACAGAAUCUGCCACCGCUCUACUCCAAACAGCACAACCGAAUUAGAAAAUUCAUCUGUAAAUUCUAAACUUGAAUUAGAUCAAUUAAUAUCAAAACUAAAUUUAGUUGAUAGGCAAAUGUCAAAAUCCAAUCAGAGGGAUGUUAGUCACUGAAUUGACCUGGUCACAUUUAAUUUGUUUCUAUCUGUGAAUGUUCAUCAUUGUGUUCCCUGUAUUCCUUUAAUUAUCCUUUAUUCAUUUUAUUCCUUUUUCUUUUUGUCUUCUCAUUUAUCCAAUUAUAUUCUGUUAGUAGUUUAUUCAUGUAGUCAGUCAAAUAAACACUUCAUUUUAUAAAGA